CUCUGUCUCUCUCUCCCUCACUCACUUUCUCUUUCUCUGUCCGUUUAUCUUCCUCUUACACUCUCUCUCUCUCCCCUUCAUCUCACCUCCAACUAGUCAGUGUUCUGUCUCUCUGUCCUGCUCUAUCUCUCUCUUUUCCCCUCUCUGUCUGUCUCUCUCUCUCUUUUUGGUGUGCUCAAGCUCCAGUUUGGUUUGCUGUCUGUCUGUGCGUUGCCGGUCUCGUUCCUCUGCAGACCUGAACCUCCAGCUGAACCCGGGACUCCAGCUCACUCUACAGCAGACUUUGGUAUCUUGGUAAAGCUGAGACAAAUGUGUGUGACUGAUCUAUUCUAAGCUCUUUGUACCAUUUUAAGAGGUCAAUUGUUCAUUCAGUCAGCAGAAAAGGAGAGUUGUAGAAAUGGCGAUGAACAGCAUCCUCAACUCUGAUGACAUUAAGAAAGCACUGGAUGCAUUUAAAGCCGUCGACUCAUUCGACCACAAGAGGUUUUUUGAGAUGGUCGGACUGAAGGCGAAGUCAGCUGACGAUGUGAAAAAGGCUUUCCAUGUCCUGGAUGCUGACAAUAGCGGAUUUAUAGAAGAAGAGGAACUUAAGUUUGUUCUGAAGGGUUUUGCUACAGAUGGGAGAGACCUGACCGAUAAGGAGACCAAAGCAUUCCUGCAGGCUGCGGACAAAGACGGAGAUGGAAAGAUUGGAGCAGAAGAGUUUGCUGCUCUGGUUCGUGAAUAAGUGUCACGGACUCUUGGCCUGUUCAUACCUCAUGACCCCUUGACCUUGACCUCAGCCUAAUACACCCCUGAAGCACAGACACACAUAGACACUCACUUAAGGCCCGGGUAUACUUCAUUUUCUGCGUUCCGCUCCGCUCGUGCACAGUUGAGUGAGCGAGCCUUUGAAAGUAAACUCCUUUGGCCGUGAGCGCGGAAAGACGCGUUCAACGCACAUCACGCAUCUAGUGGACUUUGCUUUCAAACGCUCAAAUCACUCGCACAUGCACCAGUCACAAAAAUUGGGCUGUGUGUGGACAGUGCGCGGAUGUCCGCAGACCCUCCCGAUGACGAAAGUUACGUCACAUGAGCAGUGCGCGGACCGUUGAGGAAUGCGGGCGGCUGAAGUAUACUUUGGACUUCAGACACGCUUGUACACGCCCCUCCUGAAUACAUCACCUACACACUCUAAUCUCCCAUUGUCAUGCUAUUUAUUUUCCUUUUUAUACAAAAGUGAGUGUUUCUGCUAUUGUAUAGAUCAAGAGACCUUUAACAGGGCAAAAACUCAUGCCGGCAAUAUGUAGAUAUAAUAGAAAAGAAAACAACACACUCUCCAUGGUCCACUAUUCCUUGUCUAUUUUAAUCUUUCUCCCAUUGAUCUUUCUCUCCACUGCCCCCCACCUUCCCUCCAAACUCUCUCCAUGUCUCUGAUAACAAGCCUUUGUGAAACACCAAAAGAAGAAAGAGGUCAAGUUGUGAAAGAAAAAAAAAAUAAAGAGACAAUGCCCGAAGA